AUGGACGGCGUGCCGGCGGCGCUGCCGGCGCUCACCGCGGCGCAACUGAUGCAGGAUCGCGCCGCCCGAUUCGGGUUCGACUGGGGCGACGUGGGUGGGGUGUUGGACAAGCUGGUCGAAGAGAUUGCAGAAUUCCGGGAGGCUGGCACACCCGAGGACAAGAUCGACGAGUUCGGGGACGUGCUGUUCGCGCUGGUGAACCUGGCCCGCUGGUCCGGGAUACACGCGGAGGACGCGCUAAGGCAGGCCAACGGCAAGUUCCGGAAUCGCUAUAAGGCGAUGGAACGCCUGGCGUCGGAACGGGAGCAGGACUUUGUCGCGCUGCCCCUGGACGGCAAGGAAGCGCUGUGGCAGGAGGCCAAGGCGGCCGAACGGUAG